UUUGCUGACGACACCAAAAUCUAUCGACAGAUAAACAACGUAGAAGAUUCCAUUGCUUUGCAGAUAGAUGUGACAACCCUCAACCUAUGGGCAGAUCGUUGGCAGAUGAAAUUUAAUCCUACCAAACAUGUUGAACAAAUAGUUCACAAAGCAAAUAGGGUUCUUGGCCUAUUUAAGCGCACAGUAGGUGGCAAAAAUAAAGAUAUUUUCUCAAAUUUGUACAAAACCCUGGUUCGUCCAAUCUAUAAAAUCGUAUUCAAUCUGAAUGGAUUAAAUUUCAGCGAUUAUUUCGAACUGUGCAGGAACACAGUUUAA